GUCAGCCCUCGAACCAGACAUAGAGCCAAUAACCUCCAAAAAAGUAAUAUAACUCGCUGAUCCUAUGAUGGGCAUAAUUGAGCCAUUGACGGUUAAAACAGACCUCACAUCACCCAAUUCUAAUGCAAAGAGUCUUACAAGUUACAACAAUAAAAAUAAUCAACAAAAAAAUAAACAGUCUGCUAAUGAAAAUAAAUAGGAAGAAAACAGUAAAAUUAAAAUACUGCCUCUCAGACCUUAAACUAACCUACACUCCAUGACCGCGGUUCAGGAGGGGGACAAUCCAAUAGCAUGCUAUAGUACUGUAGCUUUUUCCGCUCCUUGAAAUUGUUGGAAUUAGUCCAAACUAUUAUUCCUAAAAUUAUGGGCAUAACCCAUGAUCCUAUUUUGUGGCUUAGUUGGUUAGUUUCUUUCCUGAUUUUUAGAAUAGAGGAGUAGUGCUCUGUUAGCUAGCUAUUUCUUGCUUUAUUUAAAUCGCAGCAGACUUUGUUUUCCAUGCAUGUAUUUUGUAGUAUUCACUUUAAUUGAAAGUGUGGUUCUUCACUUUUGUUAGCACCAGGCAGUUUAAUUCUUGCCCCCAAAGUGUUUGUUAUAUUGCCUCAAUAAGAUUAUUGCUCUUGUCUACAUUUUUUCAGAAAUCCUAGCUGGGCAGUGAACUACACUUGGUAUCAGAGCCUCGUUGGUGAAGUGAAUGCCCAAAUACAUGCCUCGGAAUUCAACCAUGGACGGUUCUAAAAACAAAGAAGGAGCAGUCAGUCUCCAGUACCCGAUGCUUGCCAAAAACAACUACACUCCAUGGGCUAUCAAGAUGAAAGCAAACCUAUUAUCCCAGAAUUCGAAACCCCGCCAUCACCUUUGUCCAGUUAUGACAAUGUCUAUAACAUAGAAGAAGAUGAAGCGCGGGGACACCCGCCUGAGGCUCCUCCAUAUCUUUUGGAGCCUAUGACCGUCAGGAGAUUAACCACUGGUCAAGAGACGCCUGACCAUACACCCAAUCGUGUGGUCUUGAACCAUCUCUGCACCAAUGUGUAUGACAGGAAGUUUUCAUGGGAAUCGGUAGGAGUGGCAACAACUCGCCGCGUUGGCUCAAAAUACGUGACCGAUGUUCUUUACAAACCGCCUCCUCAGAAGGGAAACGGGAACCCCAGCUGCACCAGAGAUGCUCAAGUGUAAUAGUUUUUUAUAUUUAAAUAUUUACUUAUAAUAAAACUUGCAGUGAAAUGUUUAUAGUGUUAACUUAAUUUCAUAGCGUGCAUUAGGGAAUGCUCUGGUUUGCAUCUUCCUCGUCAUAACCGUAUGGAAUCUGUAAUGUUCAAAAUUCUAAAUAAAUGAACGAUAAUAGUUAUUUGAUAGAGUUGGUUGUCAUAACCGAUGUGCU